AUGGGGAAGAACAAGGGUCAUCAAUCGCACUCAGCUGCAAAGCAAAUUAUAGUGAAGGGUACUACCUCAGGUUCAGGUAAAUCCCAAACAUCUGCUACUUCUGGUCUGGCUGGUUGCUUGGAUGUUGUCCAAGCAAAUCAGAAUGCUUAUACUGCUUCACAGGAUAAUCUUGUAGGCAAGGUGCUCGUAAAAAAGGCAAGGACAAGUUCUGCAAAAACUGAUGAUGUCGCACACCAAGUGUUUGAUAAUUUGUCGGAAUACAGUGCUGAAUCUGAAUCUGAAUCUUCCCCCGAGGUUUCUUGCACCUUAGGGGACAAUGAUUCAACCACUGAUGAUGAUUCAUCUCACUCCUGUGGCUCUAAGUCAUCACCGCAGCUAGACGACAAUAAGGCUCUCACUCCUUGGGUUAAUCUAUUCAAAGAUAACAGAAGUCCUUCCAAAGGUUUUGGAAUGAAGUUCUCCCCUCCACCCUCUGAUGAUGAAGUGCUGUUGGAAGAAACGGAUUUGCAACCCCUGGAAGAGGCUUGGGGACAUAGCCUUAUUGGCUAUGUGGCUGGUCGAUUCCCAGGAAAGAAAGCUCUGUUGGAUUGUUGCAAAAAAUGGGGAGUCAAGUUUUCAUAUUCAGCUCAUGAAAGUGGUUGGUUGGUGUUUAAAUUUGAGUCUGAGGACGAUCUGAACCAAGUCCUCUCUGCAGGCCCUUACUUCAUAUUUCAAAGACCCCUACUGCUGAAGGUUAUGCCAGCAUUCUUUGACUUUGGCAAUGAGGAGCUCAGCAAGAUCCCUGUCUGGGUUAAACUCAGAAAUCUACCUCUGGAGCUUUGGAAUCCUCAAGCCUUAGGGAAAAUCCUGUCCAAGAUUGGUUCGCCCAUUCGAUCUGACCAUCUUACUGCUUCUAAGGGGUCUAUUUCUUUUGCUAGAGCUUUAGUUGAGGUUGAUGCUUCUUUGGAGCUCAUCGAUGAAGUGCGAUUUAGACUUCCUACAGGGAAGACUUUUGUGCAAAAGAUUGAGUAUGAAAAUAGACCUUCUUUUUGCACUCACUGCAAGAUGAUUGGGCACCGCCUCACUAAUUGUAAAACUAUCACUGCAAAUAAGCCUAUUCUCAUCACAGCCUGCCCCACCUUGGAUCAGCCACAAGUGGGUGAUUCAGCAAUGCCCCCACAUACCAAUACAGCAGGCCCCUCUGAUAAUCCAAAGAAUGUCCAGACUAAUCUGUCUGUCCCUCCUCACAGAAAACAUGUUCUGGUUGCAAAUCAUGUUCCUGUCCUUCAGAAUUCUUCUGACCUCAAAGAAACAGGGAACACUGAGUUGGAUGAUCCUAUAGAAGAGGGGUUUGUUCAGGAUAAGAUUCAUCUUUCUGUUUUGGAGUCAAAUGCUCAAUUGAUUCAUUGUGCUAUUGAUUGUAAAACCACUGCCAAGCGCUUUCAGGUUUCAUUCAUCUAUGGUCUUCACUCCAUUAUGGCAAGAAGAUCUCUUUGGAUAAAUCUGAAUAGUAUCAAUGCUAAUAUGAAUUGCCCCUGGCUCCUCAUUGGUGACUUCAACUCCAUUCUAUCUCCCACCGACCGUUUCAAUGGAGCUGAACUCAAUGCUUAUGAGUUGCAAGAUUUUGUUGAUUGUUAUUCUGACCUGGGGUUGGGGAGCAUCAACACUCAUGGCCCCUUGUACAUGUGGACUAAUGGCAGGGUGUGGAGAAAACUGGACAGAGCUUUAUGUAACCAGGUCUGGUUCAAUUCCUUUGGAAAUUCUGCUUGUGAAGUUAUGGAGUUUAUUUCUAUUUCAGACCAUACUCCUCUAGUUGUCACCACUGAGUUGGUAGUGCCUAGAGGUAAUUCUCCAUUUAAAUUCAACAAUCUUAUUGUGGAUGAUCCAAAUUUCUUAAGAAUUGUUGCAGAUGGCUGGAAGCAAAAUAUUCAUGGUUGUAGCAUGUUCAAGGUCUAUAAGAAAUUGAAAGCUCUUAAAGCUCCCUUGAAGAAUCUUUUUAAGCAGGAGUUCAGCAACAUCUCCAAUCGAGUAGAGCUAGCUGAGGCUGAAUAUAACAGUGUGCUUAAUUUUAUAAAGCAAAAUCCUCAGGAUUCUUCCCUUCUUGCUCUGGCAAACCGCACUAGAGGGCAAACCAUUAUGCUUAGAAAAGCGGAGUCUAUGAAAUUUGCUCAGCUCAUCAAAAACAAAUAUCUCCUGCAGGCUGAUAAAUGCUCCAAAUUCUUUCAUGCUUUAAUCAAGCGCAACAAACACAGACGGUUUAUUGCUGCCAUAAGGCUAGAGGAUGGGCAUAACACUUCCUCCCAAGAUGAAAUUGCCCAUGCUUUUGUGAAUCAUUUUAGGAAUUUUUUUAGUGCUCAUGAGCUGACCCAAACUCCUUCCAUUUCGAUCUGCAAUAGGGGUCCUAAGGUUCCCACCGAUUGCUUUGCGGCCUUACUUUGUCCUACUUCUAAGCAAAAGGUUUGGAACAUUAUUUCUGUGAUGGCUAAUAAUAAAGCUCCUGGGCCAGAUGGUUUCAAUGUUUUAUUCUUCAAGAAGGCUUGGAAUAUCGUUGGUGAUGAUAUCUUUGCAGCGGUUAAUGAAUUCUUUACAACUGGAAAAAUUCUAAAGCAGCUCAACCAUGCUAUUAUUGUGCUUAUUCCUAAGCAUGAUCAGGCCUCCCAGGUUAACCAUUUUAGACCCAUAUCUUGCUGUAAUUUGUUAUACAAGAUUGUAUCUAAAAUUUUGGCCAACCGCAUAGCCCCAGUGCUUGAGACUAUUAUUGGGGAAACUCAAACUGCUUUCAUUAAGAACAGAAAGAUGAUGGACAACAUCUUCCUAGUUCAAGAGAUUUUGCGCAAAUAUGCCCGGAAAAGACCCUCUCCGAGAUGCCUCCUGAAAAUUGACUUGCAUAAAGCUUAUGAUUUCAUUUCCUGA